CCUGGGCGAAGCAACUGCGAAGGGACCGAAAACAUCAACAGUCUGUCCAUAAUGUUGCUCCAUCAGAGGAUACAACUUCGGUACAGGUUUUGACGAAUGUAAUGGAAAGCAACACACAAACUUCUGAGAGAGAGACGCCGCCUCAGCACUGGACGAGCUGCAAGUUGAUUAUUGAUCCCGCAUUGACAAAAGGACUGUACAAAGUGUACCGCUAUGAUGGGCAAUUUUAUAACAUACCCGUGGAGGACUUAGGUCUGUUUCCUGUGGAUGCAGUCAGAGAUCCUCGUAUCUGCCGCCUGUGGAGUAAAUGCUACAAGACCGACCUCUGUGUUCCUAAAUUCAAGGUUGAUGAGUGGUAUAUUGGCCCUGUUCUUCCCAAAGAAGUGACAUUUUCCAGGUUGAACGAUAAUGUAAAGGAAGCCUUCUUGACCAAUAUGUGCAACAAACAUGGGAACGUUGAAGAGGUGGAGAUAUUUUACAGUCCGAAGAACAAGAAGCAUUUAGGGCUCGCGAAGGUCGUCUUUGACACAGUGAGGGCUGCUAAAGAGGCAGUUCAGCACCUGCAUCAGUCAUCAGUGAUGGGCAAUAUUAUUCAUGUGGAGAUUGAUCCCAAAGGAGAAAACCGGGCACGUUAUCUCCAGCUCCUCUUCCAUGGCCUCUAUACUCCUUGGACGCUGCCAGUGGGCAGCAGUGAGGGAGCUCUUCAAAGCUUAAUCGACAGCUUUGUGGGCAGUGCAGCUCUUCAGCGACAGGGAAGUCUUUCCAGCCCCACCAGCAUCUCCACACCUCUCUCUCUGGACACAUCCUACUCAAGUAUUUGGCAGGAAACGCCUUGUAGCUUUGGUCUCACGCCACGUUCUCAGGGAACCCCCCGAACUCCUUGCUUCUCUGCCACUCCUCUCUCUCAAGACUCCUGCUACUCUAGUCUUCAUGCUACUCCAAUCCUCCAAGGGGAGCCCUCUAACUACAGUGUUCACAAACCUCAAAGACGAGAGCUCUGCCAUCGUAAACCUGCACGGUUCCUCAGGGGAUCCAGCGAAGUCUCUGAUGUCAGCUUCAUUUUGAAGCAUUGGCAACAACAGCCAACAUACACAACCCACUGCACCCAGAACCAAAACAGAAGGCAGCAGCUUAAACUGUGGGGGGGGAGUGAAAAAACAUCUGCUCAGGAUAAUACAGGGCCGUCCAUUGACAUUAUUUCCCCUUGUGAGGAGUCCAAGGAUGUGCUCAGUGCCUCAUCCAAGUCUUUACAUUUGAGCAUCUUGAGCAUUGACUUCACAGCUGACCAGCAGACAGCAAAUAAUGACCAUGCAUGCAUAACAGACUUUUCUCCAUCUGCUGCUGACUUUUCGUCCAGCACCCACCAGCCCCAAAUAGAGAGUUUGGACUCACGCAUUGAAAGUUUGCUCUUAAACCGCCACAGCACUGACCCCUCGUUCUUUAGCAGAAAGACUCUGGAGGCUGAUUUGGCUUCUGAGGACAGCCCAGCUUCCCCCUGCUCAGCAGGUGUCUCCCCUGUAUCAGACAGCUCACUUGUAUGUACUCCACCUGAAUAUUUCAAAACCUGCCAUCAGCACUCCUACAAUGAUCCUGGUGAUAUCAGCCCAAAGUGGCUCACUGUAAAUGAAGAUGAUGAAACUGCUGAAGCUGUUUCGUUUCUUACAAGGAACUCUCAGUCUCCCAGUCCUUUUGAUUUCACACAUUUUGAAAGGAGGGUUCAUGUUAACAAAGAAAAUCAUACAGAUAGGUUCCAGUCAGUAUCAUGUCUACAGGAGCGUCAUGCAGAAAGUCAGUACAACAGACGGUCUGGCGCUUCGACACCCACAACAGAGAUCCCCUCUCUUUCCCAGAGCCUGUCCUCUUCGUUUAACAGCACCACUCCUCUCCAUGCUCCCCCUCCAUCCACCAGACCUGGAUCUUCCCUUCCACCAGUCCCCCCUUUCCCUUUCCCUAUUCCUCCCUUUCCUCCACCUGUCCCCCCGCGCCUCCCAAAUGGAACCAUCCCAAUCCCGCCUCCAGGCUGGAUCCCACCUCCUGGCCAUCACACCCGCUUCCCCAUUCCUCCUCCUUCAAUUCCCCCUCCACCAACUUUUCUCAGACCCCCUCCACCUUUGAUACUGCAUCCUUCUGUACCCCCUCCUGUGCCCACCUUCCCCUUACCCAUGCAACCUACAGGUGGUCUGGAUAAGGAGACUCCUCCCAGGCUUGGUGGCACACAUUUACCUUUUCCUCAACCUCCCUGGCCAGCACCACCUUUCCACAGGUUUAACCCCUUUGUUCCACCUCCUGGCUUCCCACUCAUGAGGGAGAAUCCUCAUAAGAUAACAACAGAGAAAGUUUUAGAUGUCAUCAUGGAUGAGCUGAAAUCAAUCAUUAAGAAAGACAUCACACGCAGAAUGAUUGAAGGUGUGGCUUUUAAGGCUUUCGAGGACUGGUGGGUCUGCCAAGAGAAGAAGACAAAAGUUGCUCCUUUGAAAAGUGGAGCAGCAGGUGUUGAAGAGAGGACUAAAGUAAUAAAUCCACUUGGUCACAUCAGGAACAAGGAUAAAAAACCUCCACUGCCUUCCUUUAAGGUAAAAAGGAGAAAAACAGAUGACCCUGCUUCAUCAGAAAAGACAGAAAGUGUGUCAUGUGCUUCUCAUGAAAGUGCCGAUAUGAGACAAGAGGAUGACUCAUGUAGAGCUGCAUCUGAGAGAGCAAAACGCAGACAUGCAAGACCACAUGAGCUUGAUAGUGAUGAUGAUGAUGGGGAUGAUGAUGGGGAUGAGAGUAAAGAAGGAGAAAGCGCACUUCAAGAUGAAGAAAAAACAUCAAACAGUGUCAAGGAUAUCGUGUCAGUUGAUGAUGAUUCUCAGAUCCUGCCUGACAGAGAGGAUCACGAUGCUGGCGAUGACAGAAAUCAACCUGAGGAAGACGUGGAGUUAGUGCAAAAACACAAAGAGGAUGAAGAUGCUGUCACCUGCCUAACAGAAACUUGUUCAGGGAGCAGCUCAUCAGAGGAAAGCGAUUUCUCUUCAGACCUCGACUCCUCUGACUCGUUCACCUCGGAGAGCUUUGAGGACUCGUCAUACUCUGACCUCAGUCCUGAUGAUGUAGACAUAGAGGAAGAAAGCAGGGAAGACAGGAGCGAUGACUGUAUCAUCAUAUCGUCAGAUGAAGAGUCAAUGGAGCUUGAAUCACCUGUCACUCUCACGGCCCCGUUGACUCCAGGUGCUCAGCUGGACCUGGACCUGCAGGAGUGGUCAACUCCGUCCUAUAUGGAAGAGACCGAGGAGAACCAGUACACAUCCUGUCAAGAAGACAUUUGUGAUUUAGAUGCAAUAAUGGAGCUCCAAACCAGUGAACCCCAGGACCACCUGCAGCCCCUCUCUCCUGUUGGACUCCCAGCAGAGCUUCCCCUCAAUGUGGAGUUGGAGAGCACUGAAUGGACUGUGGAGCCCCUUGAGAACAUAGAAACCCUGAGGCCUGCCACUCCUACAGGAUACGUAACGGACAGCGACCCUGACCUUCUGGUGAGAAGCAAACCAACAUCUCCGGUUGUUGAGGAGCCAGAACGACCACAAACACCCGGCAGGGGGAUAGUAGCUGAACUGGGAAGUGAGGACUCUGAAGAAGUCCUCUCCCUCUCGUCAACAGGUACAGAGCUCAUCUUCGCUCCCUCUGACCCCCUGUCUUCAUACCCAUCAUAUCAAGAAAGUCCCAGAACUCCGGGUAGAGAUGACAGAAGAGGACGGACUCUCUACAGCUCUGUGAGAGCUCCAGUGACGCCAGGCAGAGAGACAACUGCAGAAAGUAGCACAGCAAUGUGCCGGAGAGUUGGCAGCCCACCUCCUGUGCCAUGCCUGUCUCAUCCAUACAUCACAACCCCAAAGACUCCAGGAAGAGACAUUAUCCUUGUCAGAAGAGCCAUAGUCCACAGGAGAAAAACUCAAAUGACAGCCUCACAGCCUCUGUUCUGUGACUCCUCUCCCUGCAGCCCCUCUGAGUCCUCAUCUGACUCCGCUGAUAGAAGGGCCAUGUGGAUCAGGUCAGGUGUGAGGAUGAAGCCACUGCAAGGACUGGAGAAUAUGCCUGGACUCCUAGAUGAGCUGAAUAGGAGAGAGAAAGAGAAACAUUCAGUAAGAAGGAAACAGCUGAGGAGGCUAGAGAGGAGAUGGAGAUGGAGACACAGACACAGACAGAGAUCACUUGAAAGACUCUCAGGUCCUCGCUCCUCGAACAGUCGUCCUCACAGGUGGCGUUCAGCCUGUGAUGAGAGGAGGAUACUUCAUUGGGUUUGGAAGGAGGGCCUGGAUGAGGAAGAUGCGCGGCUGCUGCAGUGCAUAUAUGAAAGGCUACAAGAGCAGGAUAAUGGGCUUGGGUGGCUCAGUGACACCCGGUGGAUACCACACCCUCUGUCUAAAGUCCUCCCAGAGACGAGUGAAGAACACAAACCCUGGCAGCCUCAUCACAGGACCGGCUCUGCUCGCAGCGAAGGUUUCUACAGAAUCAGCAGAAAAGAUAAAUUAGAAUAUCUCAUCAACCCAAAGCCGAGCCCUGAGCUUCCAUCUACAAGUACUCAGCAGGGAACGUGCAUCCCGGCUCAGCAGCAAACCUCCCUUCGAGCUGGAUCUGACUUCAGGUCUGAACAGCGCCGCCUGCUGUCGUCUUUCAGCUGUGACAGUGACCUGGUCAAGUUCAACCAGCUGAAGUUCCGAAGGAAGAGGAUUCGUUUCAGUCGGAGUCACAUCCAUGAGUGGGGCCUGUUUGCAAUGGAGCCCAUAGCAGCUGAUGAAAUGGUGAUUGAGUAUGUGGGUCAAAUCAUCAGACAGGUCAUCGCUGACAUGAGGGAACAGAGGUACGAGGAGGAGGGCAUUGGGAGCAGUUAUUUGUUCCGGGUUGAUCAGGACACCAUCAUUGAUGCUACUAAAUGUGGGAACCUGGCCAGAUUUAUCAACCACAGCUGCAAUCCUAACUGCUAUGCAAAGAUCAUCACUGUGGACUCUCAGAAGAAGAUCGUGAUCUACUCUCGUCAGCCCAUCAGUGUCAAUGAAGAGAUCACGUAUGACUACAAGUUUCCCAUCGAAGACGAAAAGAUUCCUUGUUUGUGUGGAGCAGAUAGCUGCCGGGGCUCCUUGAACUAAUGAAGUGCCCUGAUUAAGUCAAGAGUUAAAGUAGCCGGAGGCGCUGCACAAUACAAACAACACAGACACUGAAGAAAACAUCAAUUUUAAUAUGAAGUCAGGAAGUGUGUGGAGACCUUACAGGAGCACAACAGACGAGUGCUGCUUCUGCUGUGAAGGAGGAUUUAAUAAUGGGACCAAACAGCUGGAAUUGUUCAAUGCAAUAAGAACUUGUAGUAAUAAUGUGCCAUCUACAAACACUGUCAAAACAAUAUCCUGAUCAUCUGGUAAAAGAAAAUAACAGCACAUUUAUUUGCACAUUACAGUUUAUUAAAAAUGGGAACCACGGGGUCAAAUAUCACAGCUGUCUUCUCACAGGAAGGAAAAAAGGACCCUCUUAACAUAAUACAGAGGCUCUCAGUUACAAUAUAAGAUCUGUCAUUGUUCAAAUGAUAACACGUGUAAAGUUACAUCCUUUCAUUUCUUUGAGAGCUGUAAUUGUGUGUUGCUUGAAUCAAGCUUGUAUCAGUCAUAUGGAUUUUCUAUUCAACAUUUUAUACAAACUUUUGCAUUGUGAAUGUGAAAGUUCUUGAUAACUGUUACAAACUCUUUUAUGUUAAAUGAGCUUCUGGGGAGGUUAUAAUGAAGUACUCUUUAAUACAUAUCAAUUUAAAUGUUACAAUGUUAAAACAUGCAAAAAAUUAAAGAUUACCAGCUUUGAUAAA